AUGUGGUUAGUCAGUGAACGUCGGGGCCGAGCCGACGGCGACGGCACGGAGCACGAGUUUAGAGGCGCGGGAGAAGCGCGCUGCUCGCUCAGCCAGCGCGCCGGCUACAGCACGGUGGAGUUCAAGAGUGCGGCGUGCGCGGGGGCCCCGGAGCCGCCCGCGCCGCCCCUUGCCACGCUGCCAGACCCGCAGCAAUUCAACAUCUUCCCGGCCUUCUUCAGCCGCCAGCUCAACUUCACCACCAGCGGUGGCUGUGGCCAAGGCUCGAAGAUCAUGGAGGAGCUGAGGCCAAAUCUCGUGGGAGGGCUUCUUGGCGUGCCAGGACUGCUAGAUGAGCACCAAAACGACGCAAAGUUCCUCCCUUCGGGUGCUGAGAGCAAGUACACACCUGACAAGGGACGGAAAUGCAGCAACGCAUCGUCUUCUUCUGCAGAAGAGUUUGGUGGGUUGUACGGUGGAGACCACGCAGCAACACCUCCAGCCCCUCUCAGUCGAUCGUUGCAAGAUCAUUCAGCGGAAGGCGCAUUCAAGAAAUUAAAACCGGAACCAGGCGGGACUGCAGGUACAGGCACAUCAGGCUCCACCUCCACACUUUCCCCAGCGCUGGGUCCGCAACACGCAGGCCACACGCCUACUACCGCCUCAUGCCCCACACCGGCGAGACGGAGGCAUAGAACUACGUUUACACAGGAACAAUUAGCGGAAUUAGAAGCUGCAUUCGCGAAAUCACAUUACCCGGACAUUUACUGUAGAGAAGAAUUAGCGAGGACGACAAAACUCAACGAAGCGAGGAUACAGGUGUGGUUUCAAAACCGACGUGCCAAAUAUCGCAAGCAAGAAAAGCAACUGCAAAAGGCGCUGGCGCCGGCAGUGCUCCCGGGCUGCAAUGGCAUGAUGAGGAAUAUCCAAGGAUAUCGGGGUUACCAACCUUACCCACAUCCAAACACCAUUAAUCGGUACCCGCAGCAUCACGGCAGCUACGAGGAGCUGCAGAAAGAUAUAUUCUCGCUGUCGCAGAUGGGCGGCGGCUCGUAUCCGAUGCCGCAGGGUUUCUCAAUGGGUCACGGCGCCAAUAUGUCUGCCGUCGGCAUGCGGCAAGAUACCAUGGGUAUGAGCGCAGAAGAUGAAUGGUACAAUAAAUCGCUAUCCGCACUGCGAAUGAACAGCGGUCACCAUGCGAAUCUCGCUGCAGCGCCCAUGUUGCAGUACCAAACCUAA